UUAUAGCGGGACUGUGGCAAACAUUCGGACACUGGGGGGAACUGCCCUGGUGUCACUGACAUCCCAGUGACACCAAUACAGUGAUCAGUGCUAAUAAAAAGCACUGACACUGUACUAAUGGUACUGGGAAGGAAGGGGUUAACAUGUGGGGCGAUCAAAGGGUUAACUGUGUGCCGUUUUACAUACUGGGCUGUGUUUGUGCUUCACUGCAAGCACACUGCUUUGCAUAGUUGUGCAUGGAGAUGCUUGGCAAACACCAGGAGUUGGCAAGUAAUCACCGGCCGGGGCCCUGUGAUUGACAGCUGAGGCCAGGACCGAAAAUGCAAAAUCAU